AUGCACGGCCAUUACUUGGAGAUUGUAAAUGAGACGGAAUUAAGGAAUACUUUACAAAUACAUUUCACCGAGUUUUCCACUCCGUCCGGAAAUGAUUCUCUGUCGGAGAAUAACGGAGAGUUAAUAUUGGGCAUUUCGGCAAUGCCUGUUGUCAUAUCAAUUCUUAUAAUAUCUUUCAUUUUUCUUUUUAUUGUCGGCUUUUUCGGAAACAUCACUGUCAUCUACCGCAUGCUGAGGACUCAAAGAGAAUGUGUUCACGUUUAUGGAAAAAACACAAGUAAUCGGAUUCCCAUUCAGAAAUAUGUACUUUUCCUUGCCUUAGUCGAUCUCAUCGUUACUACGAUGAUUACUAUGCUCAUUCCUUACAUAUACUUCGGGGAAUGGUUGUUUGGAGCAUAUCUGUGUAAAGUCUUCUGGGCUGUCGAUCAGUUGAACAAGAUUCUUUCAAUCCACAUCUUGACAGGAAUGGCGAUAGAAAGAUAUUUGAUUGUCCGUCAAUCAGUUGACACAAAUCGGAGCGGAGCUUCAAGAUGUUCAAAUUAUGGUUUUUAUGUUUGUCUCAUCAUAGCUCUGGUUCUUCUAUAUCCUAUAAUGACUUAUGCACAGAUUGAUGAUAGUCGAUAUAUUGGUGUUCAGUUUGUCACCACUUGCGUCUCUCCUAUGCCCGACCAUCUGGUAGAGUUAUUCACAAUUUUUAUGUUCAUAUUUGGAUAUGUUAUUCCGGGAUUGAUUGUCACAUUCUGCUAUGUGAUGCUUAUUCGAAUGUUAAGUAAGAGAUACCAAUUGACUCAGAUGAGUGGAAACUCAAAGACAAAGCUUGUUCAUAAGGUUUCUAAAUCCAUACUGUAUGUAACAGCUUUUCAUUUCGUUUGUUGGACACCAUUCUGGCUUAUCAAUCUCAUACCUAUUAUUGAUCACAGAAUUUGGAAAAAUGGAGUUUCUAAAGAAUACACCUACGGCAUAUUCCAAAUUUUUUCAACAAUUUGUCCUUAUGUAAAUUGUUCCUUCAACUGGUGUUUCUAUGUUUUACUCAAUCAUCGACUUCGCAAACAAAUAUUCAGGAGAUCAUCAACUCAUACGAGCCAUUGUCUCACUCAUACUCAACACACUCAUCGUCGUGACGAUCAUUCGCCCUUACUAAUUCCUAUUCAGAACUUAUAA